AUGGCCCCUCCUGCCGCAGAUAUUGAUCUGGUUUCUCAUACAAGCACUGGCCCCAUUCAAGUCAAGAAGGUUUCUGCAGAGAGCAGUCUCAAGGGUCCACUCGUGAACUCGGGCUCGCUCGAUCAGUACAACUCCUUUGAUGUGACGAAAGUCAUCGGCCGGGAAUUUCCAGACUUGCAGCUCAGUGAUAUUCUGGCCGACGAUCAGAAGAUCAGGGACUUGGCCAUCACUGUUUCGCAAAGAGGUGUCGUGUUCUUCCGCAACCAGAGUCUGAACAUCGAAGAGCAGAAGGUCUUAGGCACGAAACUCGGUGAACUCACUGGCAAGCCUGAGUCGUCGAAGCUUCAUCGUCAUGCGCUGAGUAACAGCAAGCGUGGGAUCGCCGUUGACGAGAAUGGAAAAUUAGACGAUGAAGUCUCGAUUAUCUCAUCUGAGCAAAACCGUAAAUUCUAUAAGGACCGCUUCACCAAUAAAUCCAAAGUUCUUGCCAGUGAGGGUUGGCACGCAGACAUCACUUUCGAGCGUAUUCCUUCCGACUACGCAAUCCUCAAGAUUAUCAAAAAGCCAGAGGAUGCAGGCGGCGAUACUCUCUGGGCGUCCGGUUACGAGGCAUACGACCGUCUCUCGCCUGAUUUUCAGAAGCUCGCAGAAAGCUUGACCGCCACGCACUAUCAGCCAAAUUUCGUGAAAGUCGCUAAAGAGUUCGGUGAAGAGCUGAUCGAGCAAGACCGGGGUGCGCCAGAGAAUACCGGUCUCGAUUUUACUGCGUCUCACCCUGUCAUCCGCACCAACCCCGUUACAGGUUGGAAGUCACUCUUUGGCGCGGGCCACCAGAUCGAGCACGGCUGGAUAGACAACGUCACGCCACGCGAGUCUGAAAUCCUAAAAGCGUACUUCUUACAGCUCAUCACCAACAAUCAUGACUUACAAGUCCGCUUUCGGUGGGGUGAGAAUGAUCUAGCGAUCUGGGAUAAUCGCUCCGUGUUCCAUACCGCGACCAAUGAUUACGAUGGAAAACGGCAAGGAAAUCGGGUUGUUAGUCUUGGAGAGAGGCCAUAUUUUGACCCAAAUAGUGUGAGUCGACGACAGGCUUUAGGCACUGCGUAA